UGUAGACAGAACUGGAGGGUAUUAUGCUAAGUGAAUAAGUGAAGUAAGUCAGUCAGAGAAAGACAUACCAUAUGUUUUCACUCGUAUGUGGAUCCUGAGAAACUUAACAGAAGACCUUGGGGGAGAGGAAGGGGGAAAAAGUUACAGAGAGGGAGGGAGGAAAACCAUAAGAGACUCUUAAAUACUGAGAACAAACUGAGGAUUGAUGGGGGGUGGGGAAGAGGGGAAAGUAGGUGAUGGGAAUUGAGGAGGGCACCUGUUGUGAUGAGCACUGGGUGUUGUAUGGAAACCAAUUUGACAAUAGAUUAUAAUUAAUAUUUAAAAAAAAAGAAAUUUGGCUACUAACAGAGUGAGGAAAAUAACUUUGAGGACCAAGUAGGAUAAAGCAAAAUGUUCUUUGAGGAUUUAUGAAAUCUGUUCAUAUAUGAAGACAGUAGAGAAAGUAGCUUUAAUUUUAUCUAAAUUUUUGGCUUAAUUGCAUUUCCCUCAUUUAUUGUCUGUGAGGCCUUUACAAAGUUUUUUCUCUGAACCUCAGUUUUCUUGUGUGUAAUAUGAGGAUAGUACCUACCUUUUAAGGUUAUUGUGAGAAUUAUAUGUAAUAAUAUAUGAAAGUACCAGCAAGAGCCUGAUCUAUAGAAGAUACUCUUCAGUAAAGUAGAGCUGUUAAUUUCUAUCAUUAUUAAAAAUAAGCCACUGAAGUAACUUUUACUCAUUUAUUCAACGGACAUUUUAGGGUGUUAGUACUUAAUUUAAGAAGACUCUCUUUAAGUGUCAUGAAAUUUCUUGGAAACCAAAUGAUGGUAGCUGGACUUGUAGAAUCCAUUGCUUGAUGGGGUGCCUGGGUGGCUCACUUGGUUAGGUAUCUGGCUCUUGUCAGUCAGGUCAUGAUCUCAGGGUUUGUGAGAUUGAACCCUGCAUGGGGCUCUGUGCUGACAGCAUGGAGCCAGCUUGGGAUUCUCUCUCUCUCUUUUUUUGCCCUGCCCCCCUUGCCCUCUCUCUCCUUCUCUCUCAAAAUAAAUAAAUAAACUUAAAAAUAAAAAAGAAUUCGUUGCUUGAGAAACUACCUUUUGACAAAAUGAAUUACUGUGUUUCAUAGAUUCUAGGAUGUACACUGCCUUGUUCACUAUCCAACACCUUUGAAAUUGGGAUUCAUCUUACAGAUGUCAUAGUUUAAUUGCUCUCAUGUGUACUCAACCCAAUCUAAUCUAGCUUCUGCCUGAUCACUCUUCUGAAACCAUUGAUUGAUGGUCACAGUAGGCUUCAGGCCCAGCACAGAGUCCAACGUGGGGCUUGAACUCACCACCGGGAUCAAGACCUGAGUUGAGAUCAAGAUUUCGAUGCUUAACUCACUGGGCCAAUUGGGCGCCCCUCAUGAUGCUUUCAAGGAUAUGCUGUAUUCAGCUCAGGAUCAGGCACCUUCUGUGGAGGUUACAGAUGAGGACACAGUAAAGAGGUAUUUUGCCAAGUUUGAAGAAAAAUUUUUCCAAACCUGUGAAAAGGAACUUGCCAAAAUCAACACAUUUUAUUCAGAGAAGCUUGCGGAGGCUCAGCGCAGGUUUGCUACACUUCAGAAUGAGCUUCAGUCAUCACUGGAUGCACAGAAAGAGAGCACUGGCGUUACUACACUGCGACAACGCAGAAAGCCAGUCUUCCACUUGUCCCACGAGGAACGUGUCCAACAUAGGAAUAUUAAAGACCUUAAACUGGCCUUCAGCGAGUUCUACCUCAGUCUUAUCCUGCUGCAGAACUAUCAGAAUCUGAAUUUUACAGGGUUUCGAAAAAUCCUCAAAAAGCAUGACAAGAUCCUGGAAACAUCUCGUGGAGCAGAUUGGCGAGUGGCUCAUGUAGAAGUGGCGCCUUUUUAUACGUGCAAGAAAAUCAACCAGCUCAUCUCUGAAACUGAGGCUGUAGUGACUAAUGAACUUGAAGAUGGUGACAGACAAAAAGCUAUGAAGCGUUUACGUGUUCCCCCUUUGGGAGCUGCUCAGCCUGCACCAGCAUGGACUACUUUUAGAGUUGGCCUGUUUUGUGGAAUAUUCAUUGUACUGAAUAUUACCCUUGUGCUUGCCGCUGUAUUUAAACUUGAAACAGAUAGAAAUGUAUGGCCCUUGAUAAGAAUCUAUCGGGGUGGCUUUCUUCUGAUUGAAUUCCUUUUUCUACUGGGCAUCAACACAUAUGGUUGGAGACAGGCUGGAGUGAAUCAUGUGCUCAUCUUUGAACUUAAUCCAAGAAGCAAUUUGUCUCAUCAACAUCUUUUUGAGAUUGCUGGAUUCCUCGGGAUAUUGUGGUGCCUAAGCCUUCUGGCAUGCUUCUUUGCUCCACUUAGUGUCAUCCCCACAUAUGUGUAUCCACUUGUCCUUUAUGGAUUUAUGUUUUUCUUUCUUAUCAACCCCACCAAAACUUUCUAUUACAAAUCCCGGUUUUGGCUGCUUAAACUGCUGUUUCGAGUAUUUACAGCCCCCUUCCAUAAAGUAGGCUUUGCUGAUUUCUGGCUGGCCGAUCAGCUGAACAGCCUGUCAGUGAUAUUGAUGGACCUGGAAUAUAUGAUCUGCUUCUACAGUUUUGAGCUCAGAUGGGAUGAAAGUGGGGGCCUGUUGCCAAAUAAUUCAGAAGAACCAGAAAUUUGCCACAAAUAUUCAUAUGGUGUGCGGGCCAUCGUUCAGUGCAUUCCUGCUUGGCUUCGCUUCAUCCAGUGCCUGCGCCGCUACCGAGACACAAAAAGGGCCUUUCCUCAUUUAGUUAAUGCUGGGAAAUACUCAACAACUUUCUUCACGGUGACGUUCGCAGCCCUUUACAGCACUCACAAAGAACGAGGUCACUCAGACACCAUGGUAUUCUUUUACCUUUGGAUUGUGUUUUGUAUCAUCAGUUCCUGCUAUACCCUCAUCUGGGAUCUGAAGAUGGACUGGGGUCUCUUUGAUAAGAAUGCUGGAGAAAACACCUUUCUCCGGGAAGAGAUUGUAUACCCCCAAAAAGCCUAUUACUACUGUGCCAUCAUAGAGGAUGUGAUUCUGCGCUUUGCUUGGACUAUCCAAAUCUCAAUUACCUCCAUGACAUUGUUGCCUCAUUCUGGGGACAUCAUUGCUACUGUCUUUGCUCCUCUUGAGGUUUUCCGGCGAUUUGUGUGGAACUUCUUCCGCCUGGAGAAUGAACAUCUGAAUAACUGUGGUGAAUUCCGUGCCGUGCGGGACAUUUCUGUGGCUCCUCUGAAUGCAGAUGACCAGACACUCCUAGAACAGAUGAUGGACCAGGAUGAUGGGGUACGAAACCGCCAGAAAAACCGUCCGUGGAAGUAUAGCCAGAGCAUAUCCCUGCGCCGGCCUCGCCUCGCUUCUCAAUCCAAGGCUCGUGACACUAAGGUAUUGAUAGAAGACACAGAUGAUGAAGCUAACACUUGAAGCCUCUGGUCUAGUUUAACAUCUUUGGUUUUCCUACUCUACAAUUCUUUCUUCGACCAACGCAACCUCUAGUACCUUUCCAGCCGAAAACAGGAGAAGACACAUAACACAUUUUCCGAGCUCUUCCAGAUCGGAUCCUAUGGACUCCAAACAAGCUCACUGUGUUUCUUUUCUUUUCUUCUGGUUUAAUUUUCAUUUUCUAUUUUUAAAACAAAUAUUUACUUCAUUUUGCCAAUCAGAGGACAUUUUAAGGAACAAAAACAUAGUAUCUUAUGGAUUGUUUACAAUCACAAGGACACAGAUACCUAUCAGGAUGAAGAACAGGCAUUGCAAGGACCCUCUGAUGGGACGGUACCGAGAUACCUCGGCUUCCGCUUGGCCCGGUUUUGACUGGUUGAAACCGGACAUUGGUUUUUAACUUUUUUGUCCGUUUAUGUGGAGAAUUUUUUCCUUUCCUUCAUACCCAGCGCAAAAGCACUGGCUGCACUUGCAGGGAAAGUGCAACUUAGAGCAGUACCUUCAUUCACGAAGCUACUUUUUAAUUUGAUGUAACUUUUCUUAUUUUGGGGAGGGUUGCUGGGUGGGUGGGAAAUAUGAUGUAUUUGUUGCGUAUAGUUUUCUCAUUAUUUAUGAAACUUAACCAUAAAAGAAUGAUAUAACUCCUGUGCAAUGAAGGUGGUAACAGUGAAAGAAGACAGGGGAAACUAAUGUUGGACCGCAUUUGAGGGUUUAGUCCGCAAUACCUCUUUCACGAGAUAACUUGCACCACUUUGACUUUGAUUUUUCUUUCUUUUUUUUUUUUUUUUUUAAUUUUAAGCCAAAGUUUUAUUACUGAGUUUUUACGUUGCUGCUGCUUUAGAAUCCUGAGCAUGUCUCUCCUAACAAAGCAUCUAUAUACUUCCACACAACUGGUUGACAUUUUUUAAGAGGUCUGAUACUUUUUUGUUUAAGGAACAGAUGUGGAAUAUAUUUGCCCAUACUCCAACCAUAACAACUGAAGUUAUGCCUUAUUAAGCUUCAGCAUUUAGGGUAAUUGAAACCUUUCCUAACUCUGAGUUAGAAGAUAAAGCUAUUUCAGAGACUGCCUACACUUUUGUUGGAUAUUUUUUCAUCUGGACUCACUACUUUAGCCAAAAUUUGAUCAAAUUGAAAGUCUGUCUUGGGGAAACCGUAUAUUUGAGAGCAAAGAACAAAUAAUCCUUCCUCUUUCACAUUACAUUAAUAAAACAGACCUUGGCAGCCAUUUCUCCCAGCAGUUUUAAAGGAUAAAUAUUGUAUUUCAUGCCCUCCUGUGAGAGAAAGCCUGCUUUUAAGAUUUUGGGGGUCUAAACAAAAAAUACAUUUCUUAGACAUUUCAGGCUCUCAUGGUUUGUGCACAAUGCCCAUUUUUACUUCCUUGUCUAAUUUCUUUCCUGUUUUCCUAAAUCAUCCAAAUAAGCCCCAACCUUAAAGGAUUUUACUUUCCUAAAUGUGGUUGGCACUAAAUUGAGCAUUUUGUUAUCUAUCAAAAUUAAUAUAAAUUCCAGGAAAAAGUGAAGUGUGUUUUAAUCCUCCCAUCCGGCUAGAUCCAGUUGAAGAUUCCAGCAUCAACAUCAAUGGAUUCGUGAAAGUAAAUUACUUCUGUCGUUUUGACGAGAGACAAACGAGCUGUUAUCACUUCCUUAGUCUUAAACACGUGGGUGUUACCCAUUAAUAAGCCCCUUUUGUCAUCUGCCCUUCUGCCAUGUAUUGUAGGUCUUCACUCAUACCUGUCGUGAUCCAGUAGGUUAUAUUCAAGUCAACUGUUACUGCCAAAAUUCCAUCCACUAUUUGUUAACUGACAAAUAGUUCGUUUCCAAAGGAGUUUAUUCCAGAUUUAUUCUGAUAAACUUCCAAAUUUUUUCCCUUUCCAAAUUGAGAUUUUUUUCUGAAAAAUCAUACAAAUUUUUGGCUUUUGUUGUUUUUUUAUGUUUUGCCAAGCAAUGUUUGUUGGCCCAAAAACUGAAGCGGAAUAGUUUAAUUACCUCUCUCUCUCUCUCUCUUUUUUUUUUUUUUUUUUAGUUUAAAUAAAUUGAAUCAUCAUAAUCAGUGGUAACAAUUUAGUGACCCAUAAUAGAUUAAAGGUUGCAUUAUUUAUACUUGGGAUUUUUUUUUUUUCUAUUUUGUUUUUGUACUUUAAAACUAUGGGGGAAAUAUCACUGGUCUGUCGAGAAAUAACAGUAAUUAUUACUGAGUUAGAUAAGUCCAGUGGACCAGUCAUUUCUUGUACAAAUAAAACUGGUGGUACUAAUUAAUGUGUAUCCAGAGCAAUUUGAAUUGUCAACUUCAUUUUCUAUUAUUAGUAAAACUAUAUAAUGACACACAUGAAGUCUUGCAGUUGACUUUUGGUAUUUGAACUCCCCAGUGUUUUUAUUUCAGUGUAUCCUACGGCCAAUUUGGUCUUUUUUCAACUGUUACGAUCCUAGGCCCUAAUCAGUAUUAUUUUUUCAUAGACAAUACAAUGUUAGAAUUCUUUUCUGAUAUGUUUGUCCUAUAAGCAUAGUCUAUUCAAGAAUGAUAAGAUUUCUGUAACUUUCAGCU